UAGUUUAUGCGGCCGUGAAGUGCUGUGAGAGGGACUCGGCGUAGGGAAAAGUAUAGUUUUUGGGCAAACCGGCGUUAAAUCUGGCUAGAAGACAAUACCCCCUUAAAAAGAACCUUCCCCACAAGAAACCAAUUCGGAUAACUCUUGCAACAAAGGCUAAAUUCGCGACUGUUGAAUAAACCGGCAACAAUCGGCCCAGGAGGUAAUAAACGAAACUCUGAAACUGAACAUUAAAAUGCAUAAAGAUGCAAUACAACAGGGACCCCCCACCUUAUCCUGGACACCUCAAACAGCAGCAACUAUACCAACCAGGUUUUCGGCAGAGCUACUCUGGUAGUGAAACGAGCACUGAUGUGUCCAUGUCCUCGACUGAAAACCUAAGUCUACAAGCACGUCAAGACCCCCAGGGCGAAGAAACAGAUCAGAUAACGCAUCAGUUAGAAUAUGUAGAGCUGGAUAGCAAUAGUAUCCUGGCGCGUUUGGGUAUGCCUGCCGUCGAAGUCAAAUCGACAAAUUCGGGAACAUUUUACGUCACGGGCAGUAUGCAGCAACCUAAUGUCAUGAAAUCGUACGUGUUAAACAACCACCAAAACUCACCGACUCCGGUGCGUCCGUAUCAAUUUCAGGAUACAUCGUCGUUAUACGCUAGUCAGAAACUUGCUCAUCUCUACAAGUGCGUAGAAAAAAAUCAAACUCAACAACAGAAUCAGAAUCUCGCGCAGCCGAACUAUCAGAAUGAUCAGCCGUACAUUACGAACGGUUUCGGUAACUGCACGGUAGCGGGAUUAACGUCGUCAUGUGUUACCGGCGCGCCGGAUUUCUCAUAUUUACCGCCACCACCGGAAUAUCCCGGUCAUAAACAAUUAACGGCGGAACAAGUGGACCGGUUGCACCGGUCGUACGAACUCUUGAGUGGGGAAAAGAGCCAGAAUUCAUCCACGUCUUCAACACGGUCUCAGCCAGAUUUAACGCGAGUCACGGAAGGUCAAGCUAUCAAACUGGUCAACAUCGGACAAAGUGAGGCGGAUACAAGUUUUGAUGACAAGGAGUUGCAACUAUUAAAAGGAACGUUUACAAGUUCGGGUACAACCAGUACGACAAGUACAAUAAGUAAGAAGCCUCCCUCCGAUAUUGACCACGCCCUCGUAGCCGCAAGGGCAUCACAACUUGUGGAGCGAUUAUCAGAAGAGAACACAGCCCUACGGGAAGAACUGGACGGAUAUUAUAAGAAAGUCUCAAAGUUACAAAAGUUUGAGUUAGAAAUCCAGAAAGUUCAUGAGUCCCACGAAUCGCUAGUCAGGUCGUCGAAGAAACGCGAGUCCUUGGAAGCCACCAUGAGAUUGAAACUAGAAAACGAGUGUAAAAAGCUGAAGGAUGUGAACAAAGAUCUUAAAGACCAGCUUGAAAAAGCCCUCUCACAGCCUAUGACUUGUAAUGGUAGCCUAAAGGACUCGGACCUGAGAAAAGAAGUCUCGAAAAAAGAUGCCAUUAUAGCUAAACUUAUUGCACAAAAUAAGGAACUGGUGUCUGGCAAGGAGCGUUUGGAGAUCGAACUAUCGGCCCAACGCUCGACGUUACAGGAACAGAGAACGCAUAUUGAUGUUCUUGACAAUGCACUCACCAAUGCACAGGCCAAUGUGGUCCGCUUGGAAGAUGAGUGCCGCAAGAAAGACAUGUAUGUAGAACGUGUGGAGCAUCUACAGAAUUCGCUAGCUUCGUUACAACGCGUUUGUGGAAACCGGGAACAACUCCAGGAGAAACUCACCACAAAGUUACACCACGAAAUACACACAUUAAGAGCACAAAAGAAAUCUAAGUCAGGUGAACUUCCAAAGGAAGAAAAUGCAGAAUUGACAGUGGACGAUCUGAAACAGUUAUUAUCGGAGAAAGAGGAAAAAAUUUUGACGCUCGAAUCCGACGUCAUCACGUGGGAACAGCGAUACUUAGAAGAAAACGCCCUGCGCCAGCUUGCAUUUGAUGCGGCCUCCCAGCCAAGUGAUAAUGAUAUCUACAGGGAGGCAAGAAUCGCGGCGCUGGAGCAGAACUCUGCAGAGAGCGAGCGACUGAUCGCUGAGGCCCGCACAGAGAAGAUGAAGCACAUUGAAGAAGUCUACCAGGCCCAACGCAAGAGCGCUGAGAUGGAGACAAGAUUAAAGUCUCUCCAAGCUCAGCUCGCAGAAAAAGAGGCCAUGAUUCGAGUCCUACAGAAGCACUCUUUCUCCAGCAGUAACACGUCAAUCACGAUGUUCAACACUCCCCUUCACUCGCCCCGCCCCUCGUAUACCAUGCCGAUCAACACGAGUACCAUGUUAUCUAGUCACAGCAGCCACAGUCACAAUGACGUCACGACGACCAGUAGGGACGUCAGUCUUGCCUCGCACUCAAAAUCAAACAGCGCCGGUGAAGUUGAAAAACGUAAUUUCAGACCUAGUCAUGCACACGAUAAUGUAUCGCUGCAACAGUUACUGUUCGAGAAGAAAUUCGAUGCGGACAAAGUAUCAACUUGUCUGUGGCAGGUCUAACCAAUCAACUCCCGGCUUUUAACGCACAACCAUGAUGACAUCAUCCAAACGGCAGCUUCGAAACGAUGUCAAAAUUCUCCUGACAAAAAGUCUUGUUACUUUGCUUUUAACUUAUGUGAAAAUUAUUUAUCUUCGAUGUUUUUAUUUUUCUCGUUUCACCCUGAGCAUCUCUGUUUUGUAUGCACAUAUUUCUCAAGAUUUGGUUAAUUUUGGUGGAAAAAAUUCCCACAAUGAACAUAUAAAGCUUCUUCAAGAUCUUAUAAGUAAAGAUCUGUGUACAGACAUCCCAGGCCUAUUAAACAAAUGAGAACUGGCACUAUUGUCAUCCAACUCAAAGCAGAAGAAACCAAUAAUAAUUCUUGAGAAAUAAACGCUAGCUUUGUAAUAUUUGUGGAUCUCUAGCUACUGUUAGAGAAGGCUAAAAUUCUAGUGGUCAGUUACAGAUCCACAGUUUUGCAUCAUUAGCAUCUUGUUUGUUUUGUGACAUUAUUAGCCUUCUGUCACUCGACUUACUUUUGGUGCUAAAUCCGGUCGCUUCCUGAACAAAUCAGCAAAAAAUGUAUAUACUUGCCCACCUGACUCCCCUAUUAAUUCACAAUAGGCUAUGCUGAGUUGUACUUUGGAUAGUCCAUUGUGAAGGAAGAGGGGUGUCAGAAGGUCUUUCAAGGGAUGCUCAGGAUUUCUCUACCUUUUCACCUUUUGCUGAACUUUUCUUAAGCUUACUUCUGCCGUAUUUAUUUGAGAAAUCUGCUUCUGAAAAGUUUUCUUUCAACUUUUAAAACUUCGACUUUUUUCAAGCUUAUUCUUGACACAGAAAAGGCUUUCAAAAAGUCAAUUUCUGAUCUCUCGAUUUCUUCACGAUCAACCAAAAACGGAUAAAAUUUUUCUCCCAGAUGGGAGUAAAAUUUUAUUCGUUCUGCGCUCUCUUGUCUUUAAAUGAGGUGCUUAAACAAAAUAUAACUUACCAAGUUUUUGGUUUCUAUACCUCAGAUCCUGUGGUUGAUCAGGUCUUUCUGAUAACAUUCAAUUUCUUUCUAUCGGAUUGAGGUACUCCUGUCAACUAGAUAACCUAGUUGAAUACUUCAACUUCAAUUGUAUGCUGGAGAAUCAAGUUGAAAAGUGGGUAUUCCAAUACUGGCCAAUCUAGUUAAAUACAAAAAUUCAAGUACUGGAAAAUCCAGUUGAAUACCGGUCACUAGUUUCCGGUACUGGAAAGCUGAAUACAAGAAAUUACAGUAUUGGAAAAUCUAUUUGAAUACUUGAACUCUGUUGAAUACUAGAAACUCUAGUCUGUGGUUUUUGACGAAAAUAUUUCAAUACCUCAUGAACUGAAUGAAUACUUGUCAAUCUGGUUGGAUAUUAAUUUGGAAGCGAACGUUUCCACUGGUUGUUGUUUCGUGCCAUACGUGACGUUUGGGAGGAAAACUCCGAAGUGGAGUAACUUUCAUGUGCAAUAAAAUACUCAAAUGACAACAUUAGGUCGACGUGCCUAAUUUUUGUAAGUUUCAAAGAUCGUUGAACAUCAUGAAGAAGUACUUAUAAGAAAGAUUUAAAUUUUGUAUGUUUUUUAAACGAUUUGUAAACUUUUUCAAGACCAAUUUCCGCGAAACAUUCUCGGAAUAUUUUUGAAUGUUUUUUUAAGAUGGCUGGUGGGUUGUUAAUGAAGAAGUGAAGUGAGUUGGUGAAGGAUUUUUCCUCAGUUUUACUGCAUUUUUCCGUGCAGUAUUUUAUGGUGACUUUUUAAAAUACUGGUAAUAUUGAAAAGAACUGUUGAAAGUUUUUUUUACAAAUUCUCUAGAGUGAUUCCAUGAACAAAAAAGUUGGUGCUCAAAAAUUGUAUGCAUUUUAUACUAGUUGUAAUUAAGUGGCUGAUAAUUAGCCUCAGUUGCUGAUAAUCAGCACAAGUGGCUGAUAAUUAUCUCUAGUGGCUGAUGAUUAGCAUUGCAUAUAACAAUGACCAAAAUCAUGUUUUUUAAUUGGAUUAAACAACAAUUCUGCUUGUACCUUACUUCUGUUACGGCAGGCUCACAGACGUACAGAGAUAAGGUUGCCAUAGCGACUAAAAUCAAGCAAAAUUGUCGUGGAUAAUGGCAAACAAAAUAAAUUUAUCCAUACGCAAAUAUUUUAAUUAAGUAGAGCAAUCAACUGCUGUCAUUUUUGUGCCAAAACAUGUGCAUUUGAACGAACAAUUUUGUAGACGCUCCACACUUGUUUAAAACUUGAAUCUCAGUGUAAAUAGCUAGAGUUUAUGACGACGGUAGUCGUCGCUAACAGUAUUUGAAAACUUGCCUUUUCACGGACGGGUGGAAAUCAGGGCCCAAAUGAAAUAACGCCCGUCUCGUGAAUUUGCGAGUUAAGGAUCAGGCCUGGUCGGGGAAUUUUACGGCAGUAACUUGUACUCUUAUGCUCUAAUAUAUAUUCUUGCCCGUAGUUUGGUCUAUAUAUAUACAAAUAUAUAUAAAUCGGAAAUGGUUGCUAUGCACCAUGGCCUGGUCGCCAUGGUGACAAGCUGGUUGCUAUGGAAAUGGCUGUAUGUUUACAGACUGCAUGCUUGAACAUAGGUAUUUAGUUGUUUACCAUCAAAGGGGUUUGUGAGUCCGCAUUUCCUUUCCGGGAUCUGUUGCCAUUGUUUCAGUCAAUGGAAAUAUUGGCCUUCAAAUUUCACAUUCAAAAACAAAAAUCUUAAAAAUUACCGGAUAGAUAAAUGAAUUGCCAAAAUCUCGGAAAAAAGUGCUAAAAUAUUGGACUGAUAUUUCUAAGCAUGAAUUUGAUAUCAUGCCACAAAAACUUUCAGAUUUCGUUUUUUUUCCCACUGAUGCUGCUAGUGCUGUCAUUGGGUGGACAAAAUGUGAACUAACACAUCCUUGGUAAUGGUGUCUGUGUUUACUGUGCUUGCCAGGUGCAUUUGGUUGCACUCCUCCUCACAAUUGUUUUUCAAUUGUUUAUAAAUGCACCUUGGAUAGAAAAAAUUUCAUGCUCUGUAACAGCGUGUAAAUGUGAAAUUUGUCGGCCAUUUGCUUGCUUGGAUUCAUGUGCUGUUGAUAUGAGGGGAAUGUGUGCUUCUUGUAACAUACUGUGUCAGCGCUAUUAAGCCAGUUGAGCUGAAUCUUCUACACAUAGGAGUGAUACAUGUUGAAUAGGCCUUUUGUACAGGCACCCUUCAGCUGGCUUAAUUUUGUCGACACAGUAUAUUGACUGCUCACUGGCUGGGCAUCGCAUGUAUAUAUGAGGCGCAUCCCUCAAGGCACGGUGAAUCAAGCAAGUGGGGUGACUAUUCAUUCUUGUUGAUUACCCCUAGGACUUUCAAUAUCAAUAAAAGAACAUUUUAUCUUUUGGAAGUAAUUGUAAAUGACAAAGAUGAGAAAGUAAUUGAAUAAACUGUCUCUGAAGAAGUUACCAACGUAUGUGGUGCAAUGAAGACUCUUUGGCUGGACAUAAAGACACAUGUUUUUUUUAACCACACUAAAACAUGAAUUCAAAGUUCAAAUAUUGACAAAUUCUUUUCAUUCGGUCUUGCCAUAAGAAAAUGUGAUGCUACUGGAAUGAUUCACCUGUCCAGUUAGUCCUCGGGGUCCUAGAAAUACGGACACACAGUUUGAGAUUGAAAAGUCCAUAGACUUUGAUGAUGAUGGACCCUGGCAUGAGACAUGCUGUAGUCUGAAGCAUGUCAUUGGAAGAUUAGAUCUAAAAGAUGUCAAAAUAAAGUGUUAACAUCGAGGAAAAGUA